AUGGGCGUCGCUCGAACUUAUAAUAUUGAUGCGAUGGAUACGCCAAACGGCGAUGUCAAAUGGUGAGUUUUGAUUCAGGGUGAGGUCACAAAAAAUAAUUAGUAAACUUCUGAAUCUACAUGCUGAGAAUUGGGAAAACCCAACUAAAAAUUUAAAAACAGCGAAAAUUGUCUAGUUUGUUUCUUUGAAGCUUUAUUCUAUUAAAAGUAUAUUACUCAUCCUGAAAAUAAUGAUCAGCAAAACAAAAUGAUGCAACGUUCCAGCUCCCCCUCUCUCAACCACAUUAUAUUCUAUUUUCAGGUAUCUUCUCGAGGGAACUGACAAAAAAGUGAAAUGGUUUACAAUCAUCUUCUUCUUAAUCUCUCUAGCAAUGCUAAUUGCUGGAAGUGUUAUGUUGGGCCUAGGAAUUUCUUAUAAAAAUCAACCAGCUCCUGUGAGCACUCCAGCUACCGGUUAUUCAUUAUUCUUGACAGCUCAAUCGAAAAACGUCAAUUACUCUUCAGUGGUCAAUGAUUACACAGGAAGUGUGAAAACUCUGACUGAUCAGGUAAACGCCUAAAAUGUUUGCUGCUCCAUUUUAUCAGUGAAUUAAUAAAUAAUCGCAUUUUGUUUAGAUGAGACAAGCAUUGUCAUCGAGUUCAAGUUCGUCAUUCAUUCAACAACAAAAUGUGCCAAUUACAAUUUUGGGUAUUUCGGAUAGUGGAAAAUCGGCAGCUGAUGUUUUGUAUGCAUUGUCUUAUACAUCGUCAAACACUCCAUCGAUUCAAGAUCUCACAAAUCAGAUUUCAAAGUCGAACAAUUUCGAAGUUCUUUCAGCAACUGGUAUGAUCAACCCGUAGAUAAAAAAUAAAAUAAAAUGUCAAUUUUAAAAUGUAUCCCUUUAUUUUCUACUCUCCCUGAAGAUUCAAUGUUUUAAACUCGUGAGUUAAAAAUGAUCCUUUAUUUUUCAGAUCAAACCGCGUCAUCUCUCACAAACUUGGAAUGUGUAAAAGUAUCCAAACUUGAGACAAUUACAACAACAACUCAAAAAAAUCCGGGAACGCAGCCAACUACCGUAACUGGCGCACCUCAAACAACUGUAACUGGACCAUCCGCUAGUUCAAUUGCAACAAACAUUCCAGUCAAAACAACAACAAUUCCAUUUGUUCCAACUAAUUACAGCAGAGAUAUUUUGAUUCUUCUUGAUGAUUCAACCGCAAUGCUUAAUAAAUUCAAUUUCAAUGAAGUCAAAGGGUGGAUCGCAACUUCCUUGAUUCCACAGUGGACUGUUGAUCCACAAAAUGUUCAAAUCGGAUUUGCCACCUAUGCUGAUGUAAGUUGAACUUGUCGUUUGCCUAAUUUUAUUUUCCAACCAUUCUCAGAGUGAAUUCAACCUUAUUCUCGAUUUUGAUGAGCAAGAUGAUUCUCAAUAUGCGAACGUAAUCACAAGUCAAAAUUACACCGGUAAAUUUGCACCAAAUGUUACUUUGUGAGUUUUGAACUGUCUUGUGAUUUAUGAGAAGUUUAUUUUGAAUUUUUGCAGUGCUCUUCGAGCUUCUUCCCAAUUGAAAAGAACUAGACCAGUUAAUUUGACAACGAUUCUGAUUUCUGAUUCAGAGUAAGUUGUAAAAUAUAUAGAAAAAUUUAUCAGAACAUCAUAAUUUUUCAGGAUUUUGAGUGACAUUGACAGUGCUCAACAGUUUGCCAAACUUCUUAAUAUUGAUCCAAAUCAACUUAUUACUCUUUCAAUAAACGGAACAACAAAUGGAAAACAACUUGGAUUGUUGUCCACUAAUCAAAACCAAUAUUUUGCCACGAUAUAUUCACAGUUUUCUACUGAAUUGUCAAACUCAAUUUCUGAUGUGAUUUUCAAUCAUGGAACACCAAUCACACCACCUGUGACGUGAGUUUUUUGUAAAUGUAUUGUGUUGUCAAUAAUUUUAACUGUUUCAGUGUUACAACUCAAGCUCCAGAUAAUAGUUGUAAAACGGAUAUUACAAUUGUUUUGGAUUCUUCAAAGGAUGUUGGAAGUUUGGUGAAUUAUAGAUCUGAGUUGAAUGUUGCACGUCAACUCAUCAAAACUUGGCCAAUUUCUUUGGAUUCAGUGGAAGGUGCUGCUAUUUUGUAUUCAUCGGUGAGUAGUUUUCGAACAUUUUUUUUGAAAAUAUAGGAUAUUUUUUAAAUGCAAUAAAUUCAGCUCGAAGGUGGAAUGAUUGUUGAAAAUCCAUUUGCUUAUCAAAGCGCUUCAGCAUUUGCCAACGAACUUCUUACUUAUGAUGAUUAUUAUUUCUCCGCCUCUCCUCAGGAUCUCACCGCCACACUUCAAUACGUAUCUUCCAAUCUGAACAUCAGAAGAACCGGACGACAACAAGCCACAGUUUUGUUCACUUAUUCAAGUGAUAAUAUUAACUCUGAUACUGUUAAAUAUGCUCAACAAAUUGGUGGAAAUAUUAUAAUUGUUGGUGUCGGUAAAGCAGAUACAAAUGCCUUGCGACAACUUUCUGGGAAUGUUUUAUAUGUCAAAAAUCUAACCACUGAUGUUAUUGAUGUCGUUAACAAUCUUUUGUGUUCUCCAACAACUCCAUUGCCUUUGAUCACAACUGUCUCAGUGCCAGCAACAUCUACCACCACACAAUCUACUCCAAAAAUUAUAACCCCAGUAGUUCCAAUUCAAACUACUGUUUCCACACAACCUGCCGCAAGCACAACAAGUAUAUAGCAAAAAAAAUUUGAUUGAAAAUAAUUCUGACAAUUUUCAGCAACUCCACAAACCAACAAUUGUCCAGAUUGUAUUCCGAAGAGCAGUAAUGUGCUCUUCAUGUUAGAAGCCUACGGAACUCCGGUAUGAUAUUCUACUAAAAAAAAACUUUUUGAUUUCACCAGAACAACAUUUCCAGUUCAACAAUCAAAAAUCACUUCUGACAACAUCAAAUUUAACAAAAACCUGGAAUCAUUUUGAUCGAGUUAGUCUGAUUGGUUUUGAUUCAACUGUCCGAUUUAUUGAUCCAAUCAAGUGAGUUGUUUCUGUGAAUUUAGAGAACUACAAAUAAAAAACUUGAAAAUUUUACAGUUUCGGAGAUCUUCAAAAUCGCGACGAGUUGAAUGAUGUUGUAAGCAAUCUGAAUGCCUUGAAAGAUGCUCCAACCAUUGUUUCGUGAGUAAUUUUUGUACAAUUAAUGUGGAAAGUUUUUUAAAAUUAUUUUUCAGUGCUUUCAAUCUUGCCAUUACUCGUCCUCAACCAUUAGCAAGUUAUGGAAAAAUGAACACUGUUAUUUUCACAAGUGGAGCGUGAGUUCAACGAGAAAACGACGUUUUUUCUUGGACCUGUUAAUUUUUACAGAACAGUUAAUGAGAAAAAUGCAGCCAUGGAUAAUUCUGUGAUUUUGAGACACGAGGGAAAGGUAAUUCAACAUAGUUUUUCAACUGCAUUUUUUUGAAUUUAUUUUCAGGUUAUCAUUGUUGGUUUGCAAAUUGCUGACACAACAGGUUUGGCUGAUUUAUGCGAUGUUUUCAUUCAAUGGUCAGAUCUUUCCAACUACAAUGACAUAAGUACGAAAAUCAAUUAUCAUUUGAAUAAUUGA